AUGGUGAACCGACGCAGUGGAAUAGGGUACGAACACGGAGAAAACUCUGGAGCGAACCCCGACUUAGCCCAAAUCAUGCAAGCGUUCAUUGCUGCCCUGAACGCUAACCGUCAGAACCAUCCCCAUAACGACGGACCCAUGACUCGAACUCAAGCAAUGAAUGAGUUCUGCAAACGCCGACCUUCGACCUUCCUUGGAGACACCAACCCUGUCAUGGCCGAGACAUGGCUGAAUGAGAUCAAGAUGAUCCUCCGAACCCUAAGGAUCACCCAGGACGGAGACUGUGUGGCCUUGGCCACAUACCAAUUGAAGGGAGAAGCCCGCUACUGGUGGGACUUGAUGGAAGCAACCCAUGACGUUAACACCAUGACCCUUGCCGAGUUCGAGACCCUGUUUCUUGACAAGUAUUUUCCCACACCUCUCCGCUUAGCCAAAGAACAGGAGUUUCUGAACCUGAAAUAA